AUGCCGCCCUCACCGCCUCUCUGGUCUUGUUGCAGGAAGUUUUACUACAUCACCCUGCUUCGAGACCCUGUGUCCCGUUACCUGAGCGAGUGGCGGCACGUGCAGCGGGGCGCCACCUGGAAGACGUCGUUGCAUAUGUGUGAUGGGCGCACACCCACGCCGGAGGAGCUACCCCCCUGCUACGAGGGCACAGACUGGUCGGGCUGCACACUACAGGAGUUCAUGGACUGCCCCUACAACUUAGCCAACAACCGCCAAGUGCGCAUGCUCGCUGACCUGAGCCUGGUGGGCUGCUACAACCUGUCCUUCAUCCCUGAGGGCAAGCGAGCCCAGCUGUUACUUGAGAGCGCCAAGAAGAACUUACGGGACAUGGCCUUCUUUGGCUUGACGGAGUUCCAGCGCAAGACCCAGUACCUGUUCGAGCGGACGUUCAACCUCAAGUUCAUCCGGCCCUUCAUGCAGUACAACAGCACGCGGGCAGGUGGCGUGGAAGUCGGGGAGGACACCAUCCAUCGCAUUGAGGAGCUCAAUGACCUGGACAUGCAGCUCUAUGAUUACGCCAAGGACCUCUUCCAGCAGCGCUAUCAGUACAAGCGGCAGCUGGAGCGCCGGGAACAGCGCCUGCGGAGCCGCGAGGAGCGCCUGCUCCACCGGGCCAAGGAGGCACUGCCACGGGAGGAAACGGAGGAGCCAGGCCGUGUGCCCACGGAGGAUUACAUGAGCCACAUCAUUGAGAAGUGGUAGUAGAGCCUGCCGAGGGGCUCUCCGGGUAGGGGCCAAGAGCAGGGCUCACCAAGGACUCGAGCUCUGUGGUUGAGAAGCAGGCAUGGUGUCUGCCAAAGAGCCCCAGGGGACAGGAGACAGGCGGAGGCUCACAGACUUGCCCACGGAUAGCCCCCACCGAGGAUGUUGGCUUAGAGACUGCCCAGGUGUGUGUGAGGGGGCGGCACAGCCUGCAAAGAACAAGGGGUUGGAAAUGGCACAGCCGGAGGGGCUGGGGAAGUCGUCACGGUUUCUAAAGCCGAGGUCCUUAGGAAUGGAUGUGGGAUUCCAAGGGCGUGAAGGAGUCUUGAUUGAAAGGUAUUUGGUCAGUAAAGGCCGGGUCCUCCCAGCUCUCCUGGCUCCUUUCUGUCGCAGCCAAGGUUUGAAAUCGGAAAAAAACGACAUGAGUGGACCUACCAGGCCCAAGUGCACCAUGAGAGCACAUAUGAGUGUGUCCCCAGAGGGCAGUGACAGAUGAUGACCAAGUGACCAGGUGAGGGCAGCUGUGCUGGACCCGGACCCUGCUCAGCAGACCAGUCGGGUGGAGCCAGUCCUGCCUUCUGGAGAUCCACAGCAACCUAUGCAGUAAUCUAUGCACAGCCCCAUGCCUAUCCGGCCAGGGGGUUAUCAGCCAGCACCCACCACAUCCCACCUUGCCUCUUGGCCUCUUGGUCCUCCAGGGCCUGCGUGACAUCCUCUCCCUGGGAAAUUGAAGCUCUUUGGUGAUGGAAUGGAGUUCCUGGCCCCCCCUGCUCCCCCACCCCCACCACACAUGGUCCUGUCUGCAGCUCAGAAAACACGACCUCAGGGUCAAGAGAAGCUCACUCCCCUCUGCAGACUUCAUCAGCUUUAUGCUUCCCCCACCCCAUUACCUGUAGUCCUCAGAGAUGGGCCCACCCCACACUGCUCCCCUUCCCGAGCAGAAUGGGCUUCCCAGAGUGGGAAAGCUAUAGCCAGGGAAGAAUAGGCCCAGUCAGGGAGGUCUGGGAGGUGAAGGCACCCUUCCCCUCCCCAGUUUCAGUGCUCCGGCUUUGCUGGGGAGCCUCCUGGCUCCCAGUCCCAGUUGCUUGACCUAUGUGUUGCAGCGCUCACAGCCCUGAUAAAAUGCAGUCAUGGUGCUGGAGCACACCCAAUCAACAGCCACAGCCUGGGCAGCAGGGUUUCUGAUGGCCGAGAAGGAGGGACUCGGGCUUUCAGUUUCAACUUAGGUUGCAAAACCGGUUCUGGGCGGCCUCCCUUGUACCUACCCACUCAGUUCACUGCCUCCUGGGAUUACCCCCGUGUUUGCCUGCUUCCCCUCUCCCAAGUUGGUCAGGCCCACAGCCUCACUUAUGACCCAUAUCACAUCAUUAUAAAUGUCAUCCUGCACCCUGUCCCUGCUACACCCCCACUUUAUGCCCCCACAGCCUGUGUCCUUACACCCACUCCCUACCACCCUCUGACCUUCACCUCUAUGCCUCUUUCCCUGUGUUCCAUGCUCCACCGCCCAGAGUGGGCUCUUCCCCCAGAGGGAGUUCCCUCACUGUGCGAGGGACAAGACUUGACAUUCCAGCAAGCUAAGCGUGUGUUCUCAACCUGAGGUGGACAGUCCCCGGGGGCCAGCACACUUGGAUCUCCAGGAGAGAAAGUGGAUGCACUAGGUAUAAUCCUAACUUGGGGCAGGAAUGUUGUGGGGCCACCUGGGAGGAGCUGCGCCUGCCAGAGGCUUACGCACCCUUUCCCUCAAGCACCUACUCUUGCCAUCAUGAAUGAAGGCACGGGAUUGUGAGCAAGGAGCCUCUCGCACAAGCAGAGCGACCGUGCCCUUGAGGGAAGUUGCCCCCCAGGAAGCUGUUCUAACUGGUCUUGUCUAGCCCUUAGGCCCUCAGGGCGGGAUGUGAGGCCUGACUCCAUGCGCACAGUGCUGCCAUCCUAGGCUCCUUCGGGGUGUGGGCGAGCGCUGAGGUGAGGAGCCAGUAAGCUGAUGACCACGGUCUCUUAAAGGAGGGUGAGGAUCUGUGUGGGGUGAACUGGCCCCAAGCUGCAUCAUUUUGGAAGGUGUGGCCCUGAGGGGAGCCAAAUGAGUCCUGGAAUCUCAUUUUGGCGACCUGGGGCCCUGAGAGCCAUGAUAGCUUCUGUCGGGAGAGGUGAGCAGAAACUUGGCCCUUUUCUGCCCAGAGCCCAGGGCUCUUCCGAGAAAGCUUGAUGCACACUGUCUGUUUUUGCAUCCUGGAACAUGUUCUAUAGCCCUGGCCCCAGUUCACCUGGAAGCACAGGUCUUUCCUUGUUUCCUUGCUGCAUUCAGAAAACAGUCUAUCUCCACCAGCCCUGGGCUGAGGUGCCCAACAGGGUCUGACUGGCAGAGCCCAUAGCACCUUAGCACCUGUACACCUCAUAGACCACCUGCUCUCGGCAAAGGGCUUCUGAUUCCUGCAGAAUCUCCUGGGACACUAUGGUACAGGCAGCCACCUCUGAACCCAGAGACUCCACCCAGCCAGGCGUCUGCCGGGGGCCACAAGGACAGAAGAGGCCACUCCUGGCACACACUCAACUACGAUCAGCUCCUAGACAGGGUGUGGGGAGGGCAGACGUGUCUGAGCAACAAGUCAGGUGGCUUUGGCCCAAACGGAGACUCAUUUGAACCAGGAGUGUUUAAAACUUUAUUUAUUUAUAGCUUCUUAUUAAAAGUGUUGAGAAGAAAUUUUUUGGCUAUUCAUGCAAGAAAAUGUUGUUUGAUGAUGGGAAUACAAGUCGUGAUCAUUUAA